CGCGUCAGCAGCUGCAAGAGCCAUGUGCAAAAGGCAGACAGCAGCGUUGCGGCGUGUUUUCGUUGUAAAUUUCAAGCAGCAGCUCCCUCCAGCCGGUCGUUUGUUGCUCCUCCUCCUCCUCCCGCUUUUCUCUCUCGCCUCGCCCGCGGGCCCCGCCCUCUCUCCGGCUCUUGCCGCAGCUGCAGGAAGCCAAGCCCCGCCCUCUCAUCCCCGCGUGCGACCGACCGACCGGCUGGCUGGCUGGCUGGCGGGCGAGUGAGGCAGAGAGCGAGACUCGGGCAAGCCCCAUUGUCUGAUCGGAGGCGCCGGCGGGAAGCGCGCGAGGAGCGAAGGCGCACGACCGGUCUCCAGAGAGCCAGGCGAGCGCGCGCGCACAUCACACACACACACACACACACACACGCAACCAGGCAAGCCGAGAAGCUGCGCCCGGGCGCGAUGCGGGGCGCCAGCCGCCGCUUUGCAGCUGCCGAGAGGCUCCUCCGACACCCGGGCCCGGCUCGGGGCAGCGGCAGCUGCUGAAGAGGGAAGGAGGCCGGGCCGGCGCCGGCGCCCCAAACUUCGCCCUUUUGCCUUGACAGGGCGCGCCUUUUCUUCCUCCCUCCCCUCGCCGCCCCAUGGAGACGUUGAGCGCCGUGCGGGCGAAAGUAGGGGCCAGGAGCCCCGGCGGCUGCGAGGCGGGCGGCACCGGCGAGCCCCAGCCCGCGCCGUCUUCCAGUCCUGCCGGCCGAGGCUCUCCGGCGCACCCGGCGCCGGACUCGCCCGCUUAUCGACUGGAGGAUCUGGAGACCUUAGCCACUGUUGGGACAGGUACUUUUGGGCGGGUUCAUCUGGUGAAAGAGAAAUCGGCCAAAUGCUACUUUGCGUUGAAAGUAAUGAGCAUUCCAGAUGUCAUUCGACUAAAACAAGAACAGCAUGUGCACAAUGAAAAAGCGGUCUUGAAAGAAGUGAAUCAUCCAUUUCUGAUCAGAUUAUUUUGGACUUACCAUGAUGAACGCUUUCUAUAUAUGCUGAUGGAAUAUGUACCUGGGGGUGAACUUUUUAGUUAUCUGCGCAACAUGGGACGCUUUAAUAACAGCACUGGACUGUUUUACUCUGCAGAGAUUAUUUGUGCAAUAGAAUAUCUUCACUCAAAAGAAAUUGUUUACAGAGACUUAAAGCCUGAAAAUAUUUUAUUAGACAAAGAGGGGCAUAUAAAACUCACCGAUUUUGGAUUUGCUAAAAAGCUGGUUGAUAGGACAUGGACGCUCUGUGGGACCCCAGAAUAUCUUGCCCCAGAAGUCAUACAGAGUAAAGGUCACGGAAGAGCAGUAGAUUGGUGGGCCCUCGGCAUUCUGAUAUUUGAGAUGCUGUCUGGGUUUCCUCCAUUCUUUGAUGACAACCCUUUUGGAAUAUAUCAGAAGAUUCUUGCUGGUAAAAUAGAUUUCCCCAGGCAUCUGGAUUUAUAUGUAAAGGACCUUAUUAAAAAACUUCUUGUGGUUGACCGAACAAGACGGCUAGGAAACAUGAAGAAUGGAGCUGAUGAUGUGAAGAGGCACAGAUGGUUCAGGUCUGUAGACUGGGAUGCUGUACCACAGAGAAAAUUAAAGCCUCCUAUAGUCCCGAAGGUAUCAAAUGAUGGUGAUACAUCCAACUUUGAAGCUUAUCCUGAAGAUGACUGGAACAAAAUGCCUCCUGCACCUCCUAAAGAUUUAGAAAUUUUCAAGAACUUCUAAAUGUGAGACACAAAAUGUCAUUAAGAAACUGGAAGAUUAUUAAUGUGCUAGUUGGGAACCGGCAAAGAAGAACAUGAAAAAAGUUAUGAAGAAUUUCUUUGAAAUGAGUGAAAGAACGUUACUUCAUUAUUCAUAAAGAAAUAAUGUUAAAAGAUGGGAAAGGGUCAAUAAGUUUAGUUGUAUGGAUUUGGCAUUAGUUCAGUAAACUAAAAUACUGAAGCACCUACCCUGAGGUGUAGACUUUGAAACUGUUAUAGUUUUUUGGGGUUUGUUUUUUUUAAAAAAGAAACAGUUAUUUUUAGUUUUGUUUCUUGCUAUGCCCAAAUAUUUUUGCAUAGUUAUCUCAUUGACUAACUUUAUAAGUUUAUACUAAGAUUGUCAUUUAAAGCACAGAUUAGAAUAUGUGUAUAUAAAGAAAUCAAUACAGAAAAAGGCACAUAAACUGUGCUGAAAUGUAAAUUUUUGUACUUUACAGAGUCUAUGGUUUUUAUUCUUAAAUGUUUUUUCAAGAUGCCCCCUAGAAGAAGAAAAUCUUAAAAUGAUCAAUAGGUUUUUCAGCAUCUUCUAUACAUUUUAUAAUUCUUUGUAAAAAAGAAAUAUACAAGUAAAUUUUGAGAAAAUUGUAACAUUUCCAGUGCUCCACACCUGCAGCCCUACUAUUUGAAAGCUGAAAGAUAAAGGGCCUGUAUGUUUUGUUUAGAUUACACAAUGUUUUCUUUAUGAAUUUGAGUUGAAAUUUUGUCCAUGCAAAUCAUGAUUCUUGAUUACUGCAGACUAUGUAAAAUGUUUUUCAUUAACUAUAUGAAAUCAUGGCAAAAUCAUACCUAUUGGUAAGGUGUGUUCUCUGAGUUUAGGUUUAGAAUCGUUGCACUUACAGGGACCUGAAGCUCAUCUAAUAAAUCUUCUGCCAUAUGCACUGUUUCAUACAUGCAUUACCAUCACUGAACAACUGCAACCUAAGGUGAUGGCUUGGUGCGUGAAACAUUCACCACAGAUCAACUGCUACAAUCAGAUUUCACGUUGCAUAAGUAUCACUUGAGGAAACAAGGCUAUUCACAUGGUCUUCUGAGUCAUCAUCGUGAAAAUUAAUGAACAUCUUUGUGUGUAAAUUAAAAUUCUACAGAUUCCGAAGUAGAAUCUUCUACAUGUCAAUUAAUGUCAUUUAUACUGCUGAAAUAAACCAGAAUAUGUAGAAUUAGGACUAUAUACUUACAUGAUCCCAAGGUUGAGCUCAACAGGCAAGGAGAGCCUGUGGCCUUCUAGAUGUGGCUACAAGUCCCAUCCCUUUGAUCAUUGGCCAUAUCAGCUGGGACUGACUAGAGUUGGAAAUCCAACAUAUGAAGGGUUAUGAUGUGUAGAAGUUCUUUGAGCUGUUCACACCUAGUACUACUACUAGGAUUUAAGCUUACUUAUUUCUGGCAAGCUUAACUUUGAACUGGCAUGUAUAUUUAAAAAUAAAAUUUCAGCAGUUGUGCAUUCAGAGAAAUAUUUGUUGUAUGUGAAAUUCUCUCCAGUGAUGGCUUUAGACACCUACCAUGGUUAUAGAUGUUUGGUCUGUACAUUUGAAGAAGUUGUUUAAAAAAAUCAAUGACUGAUUCUUCUCCCCACAGUCUGCAAAUCCUCACUGUUAGGUGGCUCAUGCAUAUGCAAUUUAUAAAUGUAAAGACUUGUCCAGCUUUCUGGUCUCUUCUGGUCAGUUUUCCCCACAGACCUUUACUGUGACUAUUUGAACCUGAGAUGCUACAAAAAACCCAUAUUUCUCUUAUUGUACAUAAGAUCACAUUUUUUUAGACCACAUUGUGGGGAAAACUGACUCCAAAAAGAGGAGAUAGCGUGUCUUGCAAGUGGCAGGGGAUUGAAACUUUUCACAGUUUCCUGUCACCUACUCAUUAUCAAAUGAGUUCUAGUGCUUUUCCUUCUGUACUUUUCGCAGUUAGUACAAUCUAUCUGCCAGAGAAUAAGUGACUGUUUUGCUGUUACUGCAUCUACUGAUUCUGAACACACAACGUUUGUGUGUCUUGCAUAAUUCUUCCGAGAUGAACCUUCCAAAUCUUGACUUCCUGUGUUGCAGAAUCUUGGCAUUUGAUGUGCAAUGUAUUAAGGUGCUUGCAAACAGAGUACUUCUGUUUGUUUCUAGCUUGUAGCAGUUUUAACAGUUGGAACCACGCUAAGCAAGAAAAACAGUGGAUACAGGAAGACAUACUGCUUAAUUUGCACAUAACACUCAGCCAAACCACAACUUGGCAUGAAUGCACAUGUUCCCGGACAGGAGGUUGUGAGCUGUAAACCAAGAACAAACCCUGGUGCAGCUCAUAAUUUGUCUAAAGCAAAAGAAACAACCAGCCCAGGUUUGCAUGACACACUAAGCCAAACCAUGGGUAGCUCAAAACAGGAAGAAUGGAACAGCCUCUUUUGUGGGAGUAUGCAUGUUCAUGCUAAGCCAUGAUUUGCCUUAUUGUUAUAUGUAAAUUGAGCCAAUGUAUUCUAUGAGUUGGUCUGCUAUUCCAUAAAUUUAUAUCCUCUGAAUUCAGUUAUGCUAUUACAACUUCUUUCUCAAGGAAAAAAUAAUAAUACUGAAAUAGUGCUUCCAAUAAGUAAGUAGGAAAGUAACAUUUCCUUAGCUGUAAAAGUUAUACCAGAGAAUUGUGGCUUUCAUUUGGCAAGUUAAUCAUCCAUAAAAUAAAUCAAUUAUGUAUUGUAAAUUGAAUUCUGCACAGGAAGAAACUGAAUCUUCAUUUGUAUGAACGACAGGUGCAUUUUAGAAUAUAGCUUCCCUUAGCAUAAACAACAAUAUAAAAGAGCUGUUCUGAUGCAUCUGUUCACAAGGCACUGGUGAUGCUUCGCAAAUAUUGUGCACUGAAGUCUGAAGCCUGCCUUAUGGUUAAUUUAGCAGGAUACCACCAAACUGGAAACAGCAAAAGGCUGCCUCGAAAAGUGAUAAUGCAGUAUGGGUGUUGUGCUUUUAUCUUCCAAUUUUCUGCUGUAAGCUGCCCUGGGGAAAUAGUUAUUGACAGUUUAUAUAAAUAAAAUGAAUAAAUUAAAAAAACAUCAACUGGAGCUGCGCACACUGGGCUGGAUCCAGACUGAGUUAGUUGAACUUGGUCCAGUUGAAGUAAAUUGAACAAUUUAGCUUUGACUUGGUUAUCAUUGAAAUCAGUGGGUGUCAAGUUCAGCUAAACCUCUAUUCGGGCAUUAUAGCCCCUAUAAAGGAGCAAUGCAAAAUCAGUGAGUAUCUAUGCCCCUUGUGUCUGCACAUACAGCAUGGCAUCUACUGGGAAGUGUACCUUUUCAAAUGCAGAGGUGUGCACAAAAGCUUCCAUGUGAUCUGGAACCACAGCCCAGUUUUGCUGCUCCCAUGUUGCUUUAUAUGGGAACUAUAAUGCCCGAAGAUGGCUUAGGCUGCAGUCCUAUAUGCCAGGAAGAGGAAACUUGUUUCUCUCCAGAUGUUGGAUUCCAAAUUUCAUAGCUGCAACCCUCAUGUCCAGUGAUCAGGAAUGAGAGAGUUUGUAGUCAAACAACAUGUGGCAGGCCACAGAUUCAUUUCACAGCCCUAGCUUCUCCCAAAUUCCACUUAAUUUUUUUCAUACACCUAUUGAUUUAUUUUUAUUAGAAUUCUUAUUCUUCAUGCCUUAUUUUUAUAAUGAUUAGAUCUUUUUAAGGGACUCAAAACAAAAAUUCCCCUUUUCACAUCAACACACAGCUUUCAUGAUAUGGAUGAAACCAAAACAAAUCGCCCCUACGGCCUUCUCUGUAUUCAAUUAUAAGGUGGAUAAUGGGCAUAAUUUUGUAACCAAACAUGAUGCAGUAUAAUUGAAAUGGGGGUCAUGCCUUAAAUUGCCUAGAUGUACUUGCUUGCUCAAACGUUUGUGCUGUUGUUGAAUUUAACAAAGGUGAUCUGCUGUAGAAGAGCAAAUUUAAUUUAUUGAAAUGUAGGUACUAAACUGUUUAACUGGAUGGACAAAUCUUGGAAAGUGGAAAAUAGCAAGCCAGUCAUCUUGCCAUCCUGGAAAACUAAGAUUCAGUGAUUCCUAUACUACAGAAUUUUUCAGCUUUCAAGAACUGUAGCAUAAUUCCUUUGUACUGUACUGUGUACAGAUUUCCUAUGUUUUGCACUUUUCUAUGGCAAACAUGACAGCUUUAUAAAUACUCUGUUGUACAGUAAGUAAGGGAUAGUUACAUUUGUGUAAAAAACCAAAUUGAACAGAUUUGACUUCCAACGCUGACUUGGACUGAUGUCGGAGAAGUUGCUUGCUUGUUUGAACUCAUGUGUAUAAGUACUGUACAAAUAUAUAAGUCAGUCCUCAUUGCACAAUGAAAAUCACUGUGAUCUGUAAAUAAAACUUAGUCCAAAAAUUA